CAUGCCUGAACCCAAAUUGUGAAAGUUCAUUGAGGCGCUUCAGACAGCGGCACAAAAGCAUACACAUUCAUCAAGCACGGCCGCGGCUUCAAUCCAUGGAUGACGUUGUCCGCCAAGGCAUUUAUUAAAAUACAUCAUCAACUAUAGAACGUCUCCUAGACUACGUCUUCAGGGAUAACCCAUAACACGUCUUUCUAGGAAGUCAGACACGAACCGUCCUGACGCUCCUGGAAACUGUUUAUUUGCAAAAAUCGAAAACACAGACUACAAUCCUAAGUCUGAGACCGAAGACACUCCACGAGCAAUGCAGACCGACAGCAUUCCUUCAAACGGAAAGCGCAUUAUGUUCACUGGAGGGUCAGGUAAAGCUGGGAGACACGUCAUCCCGGAACUGAUCAAACGAGGCUAUGAAAUCCUCAACCUGGAUCUUGUUCCCUUCGAAGAUCCUAAAGUCUUCACUCUGAAGACAGAUCUUACAGACAGUGGUCAAGUUUUCAAUGCUCUCACUACGCAUUUUAACUUCGCUGGCUACGAGGGCCCAACUCCUCCAUGCCCGCCUGAUGCUGUCAUUCACUUUGCAGCUUAUGCCCGGAAUAUGCUAGUCCCGGACAAUGAAUGCUUCAAGGGAAAUGUAGUUUCUACUUACAACGUAAUCGAAGCUGCAUGCAAGCUAGGCGUUAAAAAGAUCAUCAUCGCUAGCAGUGAGACCACUUACGAAGUAUGCUUUGGUCAGGGUGACCUCGAAUACCAGUCUUUCCCCCUGGACGAAGACUACAUUGACGUCAACCCAAUGGACACAUACGCCAUCUCCAAGCUCUGCGGUGAACGAACCGCGAGAGGAUUUGCAAGACGAUUCGAUGUCGACAUCUACGCUCUCCGAAUCGGGAACGUCGUCGAGCCACACGAGUACGCACGGGACUUCCCGAAGUACGUCAAUGACCCCGCGUGCAGGAAGAGGAAUGCUUGGUCGUACAUCGAUGCUAGAGAUCUGGGGCAAAUUUGCGAUCUUUGUGUACAGAAAGAUGGGCUAGGAUUCCAGGUGUUCAACGCGACGAACGAUACUAUUACCACCAAGAUCCCGACAAAGGCACUGCUGGCACAGUUUUGUCCAAAUACGCCCAUCAUGCGAGAAAUGGAGGAGUGGGAAGCGCCAUUGAGCAAUCGGAAGAUCAGAGAGAUUCUUGGGUUCAAGGAGGAACACAACUGGAGAAAAUACUACAAUCCUGGAUGACGUUCUGAUUACAGAGAGCUUGAGCGGCCUAGCUUCUAAUCGCGAUUCGAGGGCAGUCACGAUAGAAAUUUUGGUAGAAGACGCGAUUGGCCGGAAAAAGGGCUUCGGGAUGGUUAUGGUGAGAUUCGACUUGAGUAGUGGGCAUCGAUGAUAUUGGCAAAAAUAUGGGGAAGAGGGCAGGAGUCUUCGUGUCCGAGAAUUUGAUGGGUAAAGGUUGUACUGUUUAAAGCUCUCAAAAUUUAAAGGUCCAGAGGAAAAUGUGAAUACGGUGCGUAGGCGGCACACUCAAAGUUAGAAGUGUUGAUCCUCACUUGUUGGGCUUAAGAUACUGGAACACGCCUG